AACAGCUGUUUAUCAUUUAUCAAUUUAUUUAGAAAAUAGUGUUGUUAAUGUCUCAAGAAUUUACUCAUUUAGCUAAUAGGACAAGUGAAAAUGUCCAAAAAAUUUCGCAGAAUGCUUCGAAUAUUCAAAAAAUGGUUAAUCAGAUAGGUACUUCACAAGAUUCAGAAAGUUUACGAAAAUCAUUACACAAAAUUAUUCAUUCCACAAAUUCCUUAGCCAAAGAUACUAAUAAAUUGAUCAUAGAAUUAUCUCAUAUACCAUUAUCAUAUAAUGAAUUUGAACAGAAACAGCAAAAAUUGCAAAAAGAAAAGAUAACAGAAGAAUUUACAAAUGCACUGAAUGGUUUUCAAUCUUCUCAAAGGAAAGCUGCCACAAAGGAGAAAGCAAGUAUGGAAAGAGCAAAAGCUAAUUCCGGCAUGACUUUUGCUGAUAUUCCAUUCAAGGAGGAGCAGCCUGUUACUUUUACUAAUCGUCAAAUGCAUUUACAAAUGGAAGAAGAUGUUAAUAUAGGUGAAUUAAGGGAAAGGGAGGCCUCAAUCCGAAAAUUAGAAGCAGACAUUACUGACGUUAAUCAAAUAUUCAAAGAUUUGGGUAUGUUAGUUCAUGAACAAGGAGAUAUGUUAGAUAGCAUAGAAGCAAAUGUUGAAACUGCUAAUGUCCAAGUUGAACAAGGAAAUACACAGCUAAAGCAUGCUCGCAGAUAUCAGGUUGCAGCAAGGAAAAAAAUGUGUAUCAUAUUUGGCAUAUUGAUUGCAAUUGUAACAGUGUUAGCAUUGAUUAUAUGGGGAGUCUCAAAAUAAUAUGCACAAUUAAUUUUUUUAAAUUAUUUAUUCAAAAUUUUUUUUUUUAAAUCACACAUUGUUUUACAAGCCUUGAUAUAUAAAUUAUAAUAAAUUUACUUUAUUGUUAUAUUAAUAUAAAAUAUAUGCCUAUUUAUUU